AUGUCGUGGUUGUUUCAAGCGAAAAUUGCUAAGUCACACUUUUAUGUGUGGUAUCUUGGCUCGAAGGAAGCAGAUGGUGUUCGUGGAUCGGCGGUGGUUCUGCCCAUUAUGCGACAAUUAUUGAAGGACAGCUUCAAGAAGACACCUAGUAAAGCAACUGUUCAGAUCUCAUCCAAAGGCCUCAAACUAAUUCAAUCCGUUCCUGCUAUGUCACGAAGUGGAAAAAUUAAAUCACAGCUGGCAAAAUUCCAGAUAGCAGCCAGUUGUAUUACUUACAGUAUGACAGGGAAAGCACCGUUUGACGAUGUGGUCGGUGUAGUGAUGUUGGUGCUAAAUCCAGAGAUGAACUCACCGAUGCAUGUUCAUUGUUAUCGAUGCGAUAGUCCAGAAACAGCUCAAAUUAUGCAUGCAAAUAUUCAGUUGCUCAUAUCUCGUCCGGAAAUCCAACGAUCAAUAAUAGAUCUUGAACAACGUCUAUUCCUUGCUGGUCUUCUAGUACCCAGGACGAGAGCGGUGACAAGGUCCGCAUCCCGUACACGAAAUGGCAGUUCACGUGCUGUUUCCGAUGACUUUAUUCAUCCUAUCCUGAAAGCUGACAGGACCAGGAUUUUCCCCGUAGAAAAUUCUUCAUUAAAACCAAAAUCCGUUGAGAGGAAUAAACAGAAAAUGCCGAGAAGAGUUGUGGACGAGUUAAAAUCGAAGUUAAGCAGUAGCGAUUUACGAUUACUCAGGAACUCGUUCCAAUCUAUGGAUCUUCGAAGCGACUUCAGUUUCGCCGAUAAACGUUCUAAUCCACCGUUUCGAAUGUUCGGGGACACCCUAUUAAAGGAGACAAAGUCGAGAAGUUUGGACAAUUUGGUCGGAAACGUUGUGUCCACAGAUCUUCGUGGAGGCGAUAACCAGCCUAUUCAACGUUACUCCCGUCUUGAUAUGUCGCGACCAUUUGGUCAGAAUGGCGACGUCAACAAAUCCGACGGAAUCUGGAAGUCGAAUGUACGACGGGUGUCCAGCAUUCGUAUGAAUUUGUAA